GCGCUCCCCUCUCGGCUCGGCGGCUCCGCUCGCGCGCCGGAGCCCCGCACCCCGCGUUCGCGCCCAUCGCCCGCUCUCGCCAGGCGUCGCCUCCUCGGCCGCGGCGCGGACACGGAGCUGGCCUGCGGGUGCAUGUGCCUGGGCAUCUUCGCCCCUGGCCGUUGGGAGGACCUCAAGUACUAUUCUGCCAAUCGCGGCAUCUUCAUGUUCGACCUUGGCCACCCGCUGGAUUGGAAGGAGAGGCUGAUGAUGGAGAUCAGCACGCUGUGCGACGCCUGGUUUGUCAUGCAGACGGCCACGCAGCUCGCAGAUGCGGCGGGGGCUAUCACGGGGGGGUCCCAGAGUAAAGCUCUUUGCAGCUUGCUGUUCACGACGAUGCCAGGGAUGGUUUGGUGGUACGCCCUGUUUAUGCUUUUUACAGUGCCGUGUACCGACGUCGACGAGUCUGCGAAGGUCGCAAAGAUGAGUGCCACUCGUCGCAGUUGUGAGGCAGUUGGCCAUUUUUUGAUUUUGUCCGCAGUCCUGAUGGCAACGUGA